UAAAAAAUGACUUCCAAAAAAGUCACUUAUGCAAUAGACUACAAGGGACAACCAGCUGACAAGACGAGAACCGGAGGAUGGUUGUCUGCGGCUUGUAUCCUAGUUAUGGAGGCAUGCGAAAGGUUCACAACAAUGGGAAUUGCAGCUAACCUGGUGACUUAUUCAAUUGGGACGUUGCAUCUUCCUAGUGCAACUGCGGCCAAUAUCGUAUCAGAUUUUUCUGGCGCUGGAUAUCUCUUGUGUUUGGUUGGCGGUUUCAUUGCGGAUAGUUUCUUAGGCCGUUAUUGGACAGUAGCCAUUUCCGGAGUGAUCAUAGCAGUGGGCGCUGCAAUUUUAUCAAUCUCAUGCGCAAUCCCAACACUACAACCACCCCCUUGUCCCCUUAACAGCAGUACGUGCAUACCGGCCAAUGGAUUUCAAGUUGGAAUUCUGAAUCUCGCUCUGUACGUGAUCGCAAUUGGACAAGGAGGACUUAAAGCCAAUGUCUCAGGAUUUGGAACUGAUCAAUUCGAUGAGAAUGAUAAGAAGGAAAAAACAAAGAUGGAUUACUUGUUCAGUAGAUUUUAUUUCUGCAUCAGUCUUGGAACUAUACUUAGUGUCACACUAGGAAUAGGUGUACAAGACUAUGUGAGCCUAAGCUGGGGAUACGGCAUUUGCUGUAUUGCAUUCUUUUUUGGAACACUUCUAUAUAUGUUGCGGACUAGAAAAUACAGGUACAAGAACUGCGUGGGAAGCCCCAUUGUUCAAGUUCUCAACGUUAUGGUGGCUGCUCUACGGAAGAGAAAACUCGUUUGUCCUACCGACGUUGAUACCUUAUAUGAUGACCCUACUGAGACUGCUCCAAGAAUCCAUCACACAGACCAAAUUCAUUGGUUGGACAAGGCUGCAAUCAUUGACGAAACCGACUAUGGUACUAAUGGUUCUGUGAUUCGAAACCGUUGGAAACUAUGUUCAGUCACAAAGGUAGAGGAGGUGAAAAUGGUGGUUAGACUACUGCCGAUUUGGGCCUCCACAAUCUAUUUCUGGUGCAUACAUUCACAAGUGCUCACUUUCUCUGUGGAGCAAGCUUCAACAAUGGAGAGAACAAUCGGGAACAACUUUCAAAUCCCGGCAGGCUCUUUCAAUACCUUUUAUAUUUUGGGCAUUUUAAUUGGUGCUGCUUUCUACGACCGAUUGAUCAUUCCUUUGAUGAAGAGGUGGAAAGGGAAACAUGGUUUCACCAACCUGCAAAGAAUAGCUAUUGGCAUUGUCUUUUCAAUUGUAGCCAUGACAAUUGCUGCAAUCGUGGAGACAAAACGGCUGGCCGUGGUGAAAGUUGCGGGCGGCAAUGUCGCAAUUUUGCCUGUGAAAUUUUACAUGUUGAUCCCGCAGUUCUUCUUUGUUGGCGUAGCAGAAUCAUUCACGUACAGUGGUCAGCUUGACUUCUUCAUAACCAGAUCUCCGAAAGGGAUGAAGUCGAUGAGCACUGGGCUUUUCCUCUCGACUAUUGGAUUUGGGUUUUUCGUCAGCACAUUUAUAGUGUCUAUAAUCACCCAGGUGACUGGAACUCAGCUUGGCACUGGAUGGCUAACUAGCAACAUAAACUAUGGGAAAUUAUACUAUUUCUAUGCUCUUCUGGCAGUGUUAAGCUUCAUAAACUUGAUAUUCUAUAUUCUCUGUGCCCUAUGGUAUGUGAGAACAAUGAAAAAUGCUACACAAAUUGAGAGCAUCAUUACAAGUUCUGAUGAGGAAGAAAAACAUGAUAUGCAGAUGAAGGGCACCCUUACAACUUUUGCAGAGGAAGAUUAA